AUAAACCCGGGGUGCCCAGCUAGACUUGCCCAACUGGACUCUGCCCCAAAGCGUACACCUCUGCCGACCCAACCUCAGGUCACGCCAGGAUGUCUGACGCCGAAGAGCAGGAAUAUGAGGAGGAGCAGCCUGAAGAAGAGGAGGCUGCUGAGGAGGAGGAAGGUGAGGCCCCGGACUCCGCAGGUCUGGAGCUGGACGCAGCCCCCGAGGAGCCAGAGCCGGUGGCAGAGCGAGAAGAAGAGCGCCCCAAGCCAAGCCGUCCCGUGGUGCCUCCACUGAUCCCCCCGAAGAUCCCAGAGGGGGAACGCGUGGACUUCGAUGACAUCCACCGCAAGCGCAUGGAAAAAGAUCUGCUGGAGCUGCAGACGCUCAUUGACGUGCAUUUUGAGCAGCGCAAGAAAGAAGAAGAGGAGCUCGUGGCGCUGAAAGAGCGUAUUGAGCGGCGCCGGGCAGAGAGAGCUGAGCAACAGCGCUUCAGAACCGAGAAGGAGCGGGAGCGUCAGGCUAAGCUGGCGGAGGAGAAGAUGAGGAAGGAAGAGGAAGAGGCUAAGAAGCGGGCCGAGGAUGACGCCAAAAAGAAGAAGGUUCUGUCCAACAUGGGGGCCCAUUUUGGGGGUUACCUGGUCAAGGCAGAACAGAAGCGGGGCAAGCGCCAGACGGGGCGUGAGAUGAAACAGCGCAUUCUGUCUGAGCGUAAAAAGCCUCUGAAUAUCGACCACAUGGGAGAGGACCAGCUCCGGGAGAAGGCCCAGGAACUGUCGGAUUGGAUCCACCAGCUGGAGUCGGAGAAGUUUGACCUGAUGGCGAAGCUGAAGCAGCAGAAAUACGAGAUCAACGUGCUGUACAACCGCAUCAGCCACGCCCAGAAGUUCCGGAAGGGGGCCGGGAAGGGCCGUGUUGGAGGCCGCUGGAAGUGAGCAGGUGGGCGCUCGCCCACCCUGAGCACCGAGGAGCCGCCGUUGCAGUGUGUGUCCCACCUGGGGCUUGAAAUAAAUGCUCCACUCCUGGCA